GAGUGAUCGACCUCGUUUCGUUUAUUCAUCGUUUUAGCGAUCCCAUCGACAGUGAGAUUAUUAUUUGUCUUCCGUACUGUAGUAAGAUCUAGCACGGGCGGUCGCGGUAAUAUAAAUAGUUGCGUUGUCGUUUCUAUUUCGUAUUUAUUAACAUUGUUCCUCUUUUGUAAGCAGAAGCACGCGCCGGGUUUGAAGGGCUGCGAUUUGGUACGUGUAUUCAUAACAACGCAAAAGAAAACCAAAAAAUGCGUGAGCGUGUCCGAAAACCGCUGCCACCGCGACACCAGGCAUGAGAACGUUUAUCACCACGCAAAUGCGGGGGAUCACACUCACUGUCACUUCCACUUGAGUACAAUACGCUUGUUCGAUACUCGCUGGUCAACCGAGGACUCCGCUUACUCGUCACCGCGAACACCGAGAACAACUGCGAGAUGUUGUACAACGUUGGCGCGUGGCAGAGUCGCAGCAAGCACAGCUGGAGUUCAGGCAGCGAUGCCAGUAUUCCGCGGGUGAGCCUGGUCCGCAAAAGCCAGAACGAUUGGCUCUAUGACCUGGAUUCCCGGAGUUGGAUGCGAAGCUCCCUCACGACCACAAGAAACACGACCGGAUUGGACUAUCAUCCGACCCUUGCCGCAACCUUUGGUGGAUCCCAGUUUCGCAAAACGUUCGACUCUGGCGGCGGAAAAACAAGUAGUGGAGAUGUACUCAGACCCGGGGAACAUCAGGAACAGCCGAAACUACUGUCCAGUAGCUCGUCCUGGGCUCCAGGUACUGGUAUUCGCGAAGAUGAAAUUGAAGACGACAACCCCUACGCUUUUCCAGCGGGCGUCAACACCGACCCCGCAAACACAACGUCUGCGAGUAAUAUUUUUGCCCCUGUCAUUUUGAAACACAUACAUAUAACUUGAACUUACAGAACGGAGCUGCGUUACAUCUGCAGUAGUGAUGUCACACUCACAUGCACCAAGAGCAUGAAUGUGUCUUCGGCUUCGUUUGUGCAUGUGUGUAUGUAGUAUCUAUGAGUAUGAAUGUCUCCUUACUUACGUCUCGGUAUGAAGUGCGACAGCACGUGCUGAUCCUCACUUUUCGCUGUCUCCUACAUCAAUCAAUGAUCUGCAGGUCUCUUUCGCGGCGCGACAGUGAUGAAAAGCAGUCACUUCUGGGUGAAGCAGCGAAAGUACCAGCGCAAAGCGGAGAUCCAGCGGAAGCAGCUUGGUGGUGCCGCGGGUCGCAACCCAGACGCACACACGAACAAAGAGAUGUUUUCUGUGAGCAAGAGCUUUUCGCAGACUGGCCGGCUGCUGGGCCCGAAGAGCAAAACUGCGGCCUCGUCCACGGACCACCAGGAUGCACCGGAAUUUAGCGUCACUGAUACGCUGGGUCCCAUGCAUUGGGAGCUUCCGCCCGAAAAAUUUGAGGUGAGCCGCGCGACGCAGCGGCAGCUCCAGAUGAUGGCUGUGAGGCGGGCUUUCGAUCACGAUGAGGCCUACCAAAAGGAGAUCAAGGCUCGGUGGAAGCGCGACACCGACGAUUUCAACAAAAAUCAAAAGUUGUACGACGAAAGGCUCGUCCUGCACGUCUUCGCCGAAAUACAGCAAGCCACGAUGGCUGGGACGCGUAUAAUUGUUAGUUUAUUUGCUAGAGCUCCUGCAAUGGUAUUAUAUGAUUUAUGUGCUGCUGUGCAGGAGUGAUCAUCAGCAUCAGAUCAUGCGCUGUCGUCUGUGCAGAUGCACCUGAGCACCAGGGGUCCACCGCUCUUGGCGUAGUUGUAGCCGUAUUACCAAAACGAGUAACGCUGUACUUGGAUAAAAUGCGCAUGAGAUGUCGAUUGUCGAUCAUGUGGUCUACCACGUAUCAUACACAUGUUCGAAAAGAACUGGAUUCCAACCACGACAUCACAGUUUGGAGGAGUAAUGUCCCGCCCCAGUUCAUCGACAGCACAAUGGCUCCCCGCCAUCCGACUUUCAAGCACGAGGGUCCACCACCAAUCCGCGAGCUCAUUACCUACUGGUGGAAGAGACAAGGGGCGCUGGGUCCCCCUUCUCUUCCUCCUGCGCCGAGUAAAAAGAAAAAGGAAGGUGAACAAGCGGGGGAGGAGGGUACUUGCUUUUUCUUUUAUUUGAUGUUAUCAUUCUUCUGUUGAUUUCUGAUUCAGGGAGUGCGACAUUUCAAUUUCAGUUAUUUCAUGUACAGUACUAACUUCUACUUCUUAUGCUCAUCCUGAGAGGUCUGCAGCUCCGAGAGGCAAAGGUGGAAAAAGUCAAAUAUAAACAAGCCUUGAAGCCUUGUUUACAUUUGACUUUUUACUGAGAAGUAUAUGGAAGAUUGACAUAGCUCAUGGAGAUCCUACGAGUUCUUGUAGAAGACGCGAAACUACAUCUACAUGAUCUCAUCUUCAUAGGUUCAGGCACAACUAACCAAGGACUGCCGGAGAAGAAGAAAAGACUAGACCCGGAUCGCAAUCUCGCCUUCGUCAAUGGUGUAUGGGUGGACACAUGCGGAACUAGUUUUCAGCCCGAAGACUGUUUUCGACUCCUGCAAGUCAUUCAGGACUAUCACGAAUGUGCCUCGGGUAUGACGAAUUCCAAAAUGCAACGAGAACGCCUGCACCGCAGCACCUUCUGCAGAUUUCUCCUGGACUGCGAAAUUGUGGAGCUAGACGGCGUAGCGGUAUAAGAGUGCGUCUGAGUCUUUAUGUAUGUCUUAAAAAAUAGAAAAAAAUAAAAACGAUAAAAAGCAAAUCAUCUGUAUCAUUAGUUCGCUCCGCGCAAUACUAUUGAUUUUGAUCCUUUCAAGAAAACCAAACGUACUAGGUCGUCAAGGAUUGUACGAAGAGCGGCAAGAUUGGUAUGCUCUACGCUUGCAACAUCUUCGAUUCCUAUGUCACCUAUGACCCGGCUGCAAUUGAUGCGGCGCGUAAGCGGCAAGUCGACCGAAUUCUGCGGCGCGAGUAUGCCGUGGCAAAGGAAGAGAAAAAGCGACAAUUUUCGCAAGAGUUGGAGGAGCAAAACAAGAACAAACGGCCUGUAAGCAAGCUGAAGAAGGAGACGACCGUAGAGGAAUUACCACCACCAGGAGCGGUUCCAUCCCCACAAGAGCCUGCGGUCGCCAAUGAUCAGUAUUUUUGCCCUACCUUGCUGAUGAAGUUUGCCCGUCAUAUUUCGUUGCAAGUGUAAAUGAACUGUGGGAGUGGGUAUCGAAGCAUGGCAAGAGACUAGCAACCUCUUCAGUUCGAUUCCGAAUAUACCCACCACGUGGGAAUUGCGAACUACAUCAACCAAUAAAAUUUCAUAAACAAGGUCAUCCGGCACCUCAAUAAAGGAGCCCGCGAAAAACGAGAUUGAGAGUAUGAACUACCUCGGGACGGUGUCCAUCCUGGAGGAUUUCUUGCCGAUCAUUCAGAAAAUUUUACAUAUUGUAAAUGGCACGGACUUCUUCACCGAUUUUCUCGAACGAGCUGCGGAUCGGAUAAUGCGCGUCAAAGAGCAGCGGGGCGUGUUUAUUCAGAGUCUCGCCACCAAGUUUGAAAAAGCGGGCAUUCCGCUCAAGUUAACCAAGCGGAAACCAGUGGAGCGCAAGUUUUACCCGGUACAGAACCUCAGCCAUCGAGUCGACCCCGCAAUUUUCAACGCCGCCAUUCGGAAACUCGACGAAGCCACCAGCAUGGACGUCCCUGAGAUGGUAAGUAUAUGAUUUUCGAUGAUUUUUUAGAUUGAACUAGGUAGAGGGAUCGAGGACGGACGAAGCGGCACAUUUAUGUUCAUCUCAAGGAACAAAGCGAAUUCCGACGACGAGAAAUUUAUAAAAUCAUCCCUUUAGGUAAACUUCCACGUGCAAGCCAACUCAGUACUGGUCCGGAUCAGGCAGAUGUUUUGCGAACCCGAAAUCUGGUUAUGGCAAUGGCAGUGGCAACAAGUGUUCGACGAACUAUUUGACGCGUUUGCCGACUUCCCGACGGACCUGCUUGGCUGGUCUGAGGGCCACAUGUCCUUUGGCGCCUUCCUGCGGUUCACCGUGGACUUCAAGUUUUUCCCUAUGGUGCUCUCCUUUGCGGAUUUGUUUACCUUUUACCACUCCGCGGAGUGUUGCGUCUUCAAGGACGGGGAACUCGAGAACAGCAGCGACCCCGAGGUGAGACGCUUCGCGGAGAUGCUAUCGAUGAUCUGCAUGUAUGAGGAGCGCAAACUGGUGGAAGACCUGGCGGAGUUGCAUCCGGUCUUGCCGCCCGAGAAGCCCUCCCCCGUCAAGAAGGAGGGAGGAAGCCCGGGCAGCUCCAAAAAGAAGGCGGCCGCAAACGCAGUGGUGGCUACUACCGCUAUGAUGGCUGGCGCGGGCGGCUCGUCGCCAUCGAAGCCGCCCGCAUCUGGUAAUUCCGCAGGAGCGGGAGCAGUGGACGCCGCCGGAUCUGACAGCAAAGGCGUAGUAGCCGGGCAGUCUGCCUCCUCACCGAGUACGACGGGGGCUCGCGGUAUGGGGGACAGCGAAACGAUCGCAAUCAACAGUCCAGACAAGACAGUAGCGGUCGGGGUAACCUCCACAGCAGCGGUCGUUUCCUCGUCUGCGACCAAGCCCACAGCUGGGGCUGGAACAGCAAGCAACACCGCGGCCAUGAACCGGCUCUAUCUCGGGUUUUCCAGUAGGCAACAGGAGGAGGAAGAAGAGAAAGCCGCGGCGAGAGAGAUGGACCGCGAAACGUUCUGGACAAAACCCUUCGAGGAUAUGACCCGGAUGGAAUACGAAACUUGGCACGUGCUUGCGUCGCUGGACGGCUGGCUCGAAAAUCGGGGUGGAGACAUCAAGAAACUUUUUUCCCUCUUCGACGUGGAUGGAAGUGGAGAUGUUAGUGCAGAGGUAUUGUGAAGAUUUUGAUAUGCGCAAGCGCAAGCACAUGGAUGAUAAAGAAAAUCAAAAACGCUUUGUUCCGAUUCCGUACUUUUCAUCUUUUCUGUUUUUCGUCCGGUGGUGCUAUUCAUGUUUUUCAGAACUAGAAGUGGCAGGUGGAGAUGAAGCAUUUAAAUUUCCUGACGACGUCUUCAAGCUUUUCCUUGUCGGAUUUACAUAGGAGCCAAAAAAUGCAACAUGGAAAACCAGGAAUUCCGCAUGGGCUUGCGACAGACGCGGUUAGACCCCUUGCCAUCAGUGGACGUGAUUUAUCCUGUGUACAAAGACAAACGUCUCCAAUUUUUAUAAUAGAGAAAAUAACCACAACUACGUCUCAUUGCCAUUAAUGGAGAGGAGUCGCUUCUUCAGACACAUGUUGUCACAUGCCUACAGCACCUGAUCAAAAUUCAAAUUCAAAUUCUGCAUGACCAUCAGAACUACUUAUUUUGUAGCCGGGACGUCGACGUUUUUACUACACGGGAUAAGUUUAAUCAAAUGUUUAUCAUGAUGGAUGAGGACGCGAGCGGCGAACUGUCCGUGUCGGAGCUGUACCGCAUCCUGAAAAGGUAUAAGGAGGAGAGCGGCAAGAAGCGCGCCCUGGAGGGCGACACGGUCGACAUGUCCGUUGACCACGGCCACACGUUCCUGAAGAUCGAGGACUACGGGUUCUCUCCCGGCAUGGUGAAACUGAUCAAGAUGCCCCCGCCCCCACCAAGCAGGCGAAACAGUCAGGAGGAGGUACUAACGCCGGACCCGGUGAGCAAGAAGUCUUCCCCGUCGAAGGUGAAUAGCUCUCCCAGUAAAGGCACGGCAGGAAAAGGAAACAAGAGCACCGCCUCCACGACCUCGAACGUGAAGACGUAUCGCAUUUUCGGCAAGCGCGCCUUCCAAGAAACCCUGCUGAAAAUGACGUUUUACCACUUACUCCAGAACGGCAACAGUCUGCAGAAGAGCGCGUCCACGUACGUGAAAGCGCUGUGGCUGAUUGGAUACAUCCGAGCGGAGUUUCAGAAAUACUACUCCAAAAUUGACGACAUCAUCGCGGAAGCCGUGCGCCAGGACGAAAAGCUGCGAGUUUUGCUGGAGCAGAACGAAAUCCAGAUGGCGCUGAAAGCCCAGGACGAGGCCCCCAUAGUAGAACAAAGUUCCAAGAACAUCCUGUUUAGUGAAGCGCUGGGUAAAGUGCAGCAGCAGCAGCGAGCCGAGAAGCUGUUUGACCAGGGUACGGCCGAGCGGCUGCUGCGCCUCCAAAAACUGAUCUGCGCCACGAAAACCAGCUACGUGUCGCCGCUCACGCGGCUUUUGAGGCAGCGAUGGGACCCCUUCGAGAGUGUCGAAGUGGUCAACUUUGAGUCGAAGGACGCCUGGAGCACUCGCUGCCCCUACUGCUUCGAGAUUCCCAAGCGAACCUGCGGGGGAUACUCCGCAAACAUCACCUGUCUGGGCUGCUCGCCACUGAUCAUGGACGUGCGGCGCUCUAUGGCCGACCUGCCGCUAUGGGAAGCGGUCCGGCCCUUCACGUGGCAGGAUGAGCUGCGCGUCACGGGCGAGAAACGCCGCUACCGUCUCGUCCUGGGAACCAAGCGACCGCCAAAAGUGCAGACUUUCGAUGCGUGAAAGCAGUAGAAGACGAAGAGAGAUGAAAGUUGCUCCUGCAGUGGAAUUGCCUUCGUAAAGGAACUGGUGCAGGUGCAGGAUCGUGGUUGAAGAUUAUCCUUCAAUCAAAUAGAAAAGCGUAAACGUAUAAACCAAGACCUAGACCAACGUAUCCAGUAUAACCUUUCUUUGAUAUUACCAAUCUACAUCUAGAACUACAACGACCAAAAAAAUGCAUGAGCAGCAGUUGGACUUUUGGGCUUCGUAGAAGUGCCUCCCUGUAUAAUCCACCAACAGUAAGCGCAAGAAUGUAUUAACAUUGAACGAAGGCUCCUUGUCCUUGCUCUUGCAGUGAUGACUCUGAAUGCUCGUCCUGGCACUAUCUUCUUGUAACUAGAACUCCGUCCUUUGCCUCUGCUCUCUACUUGUUCUCAGUAAAUUUAAAUUCUCAUCAUCAUGGACGACCUGGAAUCGAAUCUAUUGGAAAUUAACGAUGCCAAGCUAUGCCAGCAAGUAAUAUGUCGGAAUUGUUGUAACCGUUUCAAAAGACGGCAGAAUGCUAAGGAGUGCAUACUACGUGCUCGCACAGCGAUAUUUAGACUCUCAAGUAAAAACAACUUGAGAUCAUGAUCAUGAACAAGAUCGCUUGUAUCCUUUCACUUUUAGUUUUAGAAACAGACGAGAAGGCGUGUAAAUCAACACUUGUGUGCUGUCUCUUAUUGUACAAUAUAGGGAGUUCCAAAAAGGAGCGCAAAAUGUAAGCAGAUAGCAGCACUGUGGUGAACUGAAAAGAAAUUCCGUGCCCAGCACCACACGGCCUGCAUUCAACAGUCGCAGGUGAGGCAUGGCGCAUAGAAGUUUGGUAUGUGACUCUUGUUCUCGACUCGAAUGUCGACCGAGGCCGCGAAGUUCUUUUUGUUUUUC